AUGGCUUUUGUGAUACGGUUUGCCAAAGCCGUGAGAAACAACUGGAAGAAAUCGACAGUCUUUGCUAGCGCCCUGGCAUAUGGUGUGUCGUAUUCGAACGAGAAAUAUGAAAUCAAACAGCUAAUGCGCUACUAUUGCACGGAAGCAACACGGUACGGCGAUGUGAAGAUAGGCCUAAAUCAACGACCGCCGAAAGUGUUGGUGAUUCUCAAUCCGGCCGCAAAUCGUAAAUCGUCCGAAGAGGAUUUUCACAGCUACUGCGAACCGAUUCUGCAUCUCGCUGGCUUCGAGGUGGACGUUGUUAAAACCGACUCCGAAGGACACGCCCGUCGCUAUGUUGAGGAGCUAGCCAACCUUCCCGAUGCUUUGAUUGUAGGAGGCGGUGAUGGAACCCUCUCGGAAGCGGUUUCCGGAAUGAAACGUCGCCAGGACGGUGCUCAAUGUCCGAUAGGCGUACUACCGCUCGGUCGUACCAAUACACUCGCCGUGAAACUGUUCUCGGCGGAGGGUGCCAAAAACUCCGACCUCGAAAAUGUUCGUACCAUGGCUAAUGCGGCAUAUGCGGUCAUUGCCGGAAAGAAGGAAAAGACAGAUGUUAUGCGGAUCGAGGUAUUACCAAGUGCGGCCGAUGAAAGCCCUCCGGAGAAACCAGUUUAUGCUGUUGGUGCGCUGCAAUGGGGCGCUUUCCGUGACAUUCUCGCGCUAAGGGAUAAAUAUUGGUACACGGCUUCGUUACGCGAUUACACCGCCUUCCUUUUCAAUGCAUUCGAUGGUGCACACACGUGGAAUUGCAAGGCGAGGAUUGCUUACACGGAACCGUGCAGUGGAUGCAGCAAUUGCUACAAAGACAUGGACGAUCAAUGGACGGUCGCAAAAAAGCAGGAUCAACAACCACGCAGAUGGUGGUCGGUAUUUGUACCGCGUACCAAAACGGCUCCCAAGACGGAUUACAGUAAAAUAAUUAACGAAAGAUGCUCUGUUCGGCACGAACUAGAGGUGGAUCCAUCGGAACUUGUAAUCAAAACGGGCAACGUAGCAGUGGAAGAAAAAGACAGUGAGAAGAAUGAAACAACUACCAAACUGGAAGUGCUAGUGGGAGAGCAGGUGGAUUCCAGCUUUAGCUUCAUUGGCGGUAGUUGGGGACGAGUGAACAAUCGAAAGUUCUUUGACUGUCCCUCCCAGGAAAACAUCAGUGUGCGUACGGUGGAACUUUUGCCGGAACGCCUAAAGGUGGAAGAGAGCGACCCGGAGCUUUACUACUCUAUCGACAACGAGGCUUACGAAGUGCGUCCCGUGCGGAUAACUCUCGUACCGAAAGCAGUCGAAAUAUUUACCUUCUAG